AUGCUUCAGUCUCAAGAGAGCAGUGAUGGAUUGGAUUCCAAUAUUCAAGACAAUGGACUCAGCAAUCAGUUGAAUGGAGACAGUUCAGUUCCUUGGUUGCAACGAAAAAAUGUUAGAAUCACAGAAAUUGAAACUGAAGGCGGGUUUUCCGGUUUGUUAACCAAUUCGCGACCAAUUCAGCGCUCAUGGGUUCCUCCUCAGCCACCUCCUGUUGCAAUGCCAGAAGCAGCUGCAGCCAUUCGACAGCCUAAAAAACCAUCAGUUCAAAAAGAGCAAUUGACGGAUGAUCAUGUAGAGGCUCAUUCUUUAGAUAUAACUGAUGACUUGCACAGAAUCACAAAAAUAUCCGAGUCAGGAGGUGUAGAAGAGGCUAAUGGUGGGAAUUCUGAGCUGAAUAGAACUGAGAUACAAGAAGACAACUCUUACUUUGAGACCUAA